CUGUUGAAUGAACAUGUAAACGUUAACUACGACAACGAACAAUAUUAUUGCAGGUGCAGUAAUUGCAAUAGUCAGGGUGUUUGGUAUUGGUUUGAUACAGCCAGAUGUGCCCAGCUUUCUUUGAGUAUGCGAACGCUAAUUUGCUAGUUCCACUAACCUGCUAGUGCUAGGCAGUUAGCUAGCGUGCGGUAGUUUCGGGCUCAAACUAUAAUUUACCAGUACGUAAGCAAUCAUGUCAGCCAAAUAAUAAUAAAUGAGUUUGGGGGUGUCAAGUCGUUUAUAUUGCUAUUUAAUUCCAUGUUUCUUCUGAUACUAUUGUGUUGAUGUUUUGUUCAAAGCUCGUCAACCAGCUGACAGUCUUGCCAGUUUUGUUUGUUAGCUGCUAGCUAGCAAGCUAAUGUUAGCUAACCAACUACCAUUUCGUGUCUACCAAGAGCAAUUUUGGUCUUGCCAUUUUAGCCGAGUAACAUAUCGUCUAAAAUGUUGAUUUAACGAGUUAAUAUUUUCACGACUGUAUAGCUGAGCAUGAUACAAGACGUUGUUGCUGGUGUUAAAAUGUUUGUCAAAGUAAUACUGGAAGCUGCACACUCCGUGCUGAAUGCAAGAGCAGGCGAUUAUAAUCUCUCUGGGGGAAAUAUUAGAUUGACCAAAAAUCCACAUCAGGUGCUAUUGUCACAGGUGAAGUUAGUUGUAAUUAGUUCAUCGAGUUGUUUCAGUGAAAGACUACAGUAACUGGCUAGGUAAUGUACUUAUUUGGUUAAUUUAAUUGUGAUUUGAGUCCUCAGUACUGGCCAACUGAGCACUGAAAGUGACAGGCUUUAGCAGGAUACACGGGCAGAGGACAGGUCAUCAGGCGAUCUCCCUAUGUCAGGCCGAAACGGGUCUGCGAGCGAUGCAGACUGUCGGAUCUCGGAGGACUGCCGGUCCCCGGAUGUAGAGCUGAUGGAGUUGGGACCCCUGCUGGAGGAGGCGGGCCGGCAGGCAGGGGGGAAAGGCAUGAUGUCGGAGGGGGCCUCAGUUCUGCCUGAUGAUGAUGAGGAUGAUGAUGACGAAGAGGUUGAAGAGGUCCUGACGCUGCCCCUCCAGGCUCACCACGCCAUGGAGAAGAUGGAGGAGUUUGUGCACAAAGUGUGGAAGGGUAGUUGGAGGGUAAUCCCUUUUCACGUCCUGCCUGAGUGGCUGAAGGACAACGACUAUCUCCUGCAUGGACACCGGCCCCCAAUGCCCUCCUUCCGCGCCUGCUUUGGAAGCAUCUUCAGGAUCCAUACAGAAACAGGCAACAUCUGGACCCACCUUCUGGGGCUGAUCCUAUUUAUUUGUCUGGGCACGUACACCAUUCUGCGGCCCAACAUGUACUUCAUGGCACCUCUGCAGGAGAAGGUGGUGUUUGGGAUGUUCUUUCUGGGCGCGGUGCUCUGCCUCAGCUUCUCCUGGCUCUUUCAUACCGUCUACUGCCACUCUGAGAAAGUGUCUCGCACCUUCUCCAAGCUUGACUACUCAGGUAUCGCCCUGCUGAUCAUGGGUUCCUUCGUGCCCUGGCUCUACUACUCGUUUUACUGUUCCCCACAGCCACGCCUCAUCUACCUCACCAUCGUCUGUGUGCUGGGCAUCGCCGCCAUAGUAGUGGCCCAGUGGGAGCGCUUCUCCACGCCCGCGCACCGGCCCACCCGAGCAGGAGUCUUCAUGGGCCUGGGACUGAGCGGCAUCGUCCCCACAGUGCACUUCACCAUCGAGGAGGGCUUCGUCAAGGCCACCACUGUGGGACAGAUGGGCUGGUUCUACCUGAUGGGCGCCAUGUACAUCACUGGCGCCGGACUGUACGCCGCCAGGAUCCCUGAGCGCUACUUCCCCGGCAAAUGUGACAUCUGGUUCCACUCCCACCAGAUCUUCCAUGUCCUGGUGGUUGCGGCAGCCUUCAUCCACUUCUACGGCGUCACCAACCUGCAGGAGUUCCGCUACGGCCUGGAGGGAGGCUGCACUGACGACACCCUUCUCUGAGAGCAGCCCAGCUGUGGCCCCCUCAGCCAUUUCCUGGUCGAUUGCCCCCCCCCCCGCCUCCCUACCCUAUAAAGUGCUGCUGGAACACGCCAUGGUCCCCCGUAGCUCCUUCUCUCCACUCUUCUUCUCCUCCCCUGAUUUGCUCAUGUCAUACUUGGUUUUCUGGUGGUGGUUCGCUGCUUGGGCUCCUUUUUCCCCAUUAAAGUAUCUUUAGCCAGUGAACUAAAUGGAGGGGCAUCCCACCGAUGCGGCACCACUUUAAAAAAAAUCUAAAUGAAGCUCUAUGCUUGACUCUAGCUCAUUAAGAACAACAGGGGAUUUUUGACCAGAUUGAUUACAUGUUUCCUGGAAGGAAGGGAACCUCAAAGUCAUAGAGAUAUCGUAAUGGUGUCUUUCUUGGCCUACAGAGCUGCCUACAUCAAGUUGUAGGAGGCUUGUGUGAUAAAAUGGGCCCGGGUUGGGGUCAAUACAUUCCAUAUUUAUUCUGUCAAUACAAGGAAUUAUUUGAAAUUAAAUUCAUGAACUGAACAUUGAAAAGUCCUGAUUGAAAACAAUGGGCAAUUCCAACAAUUCAUUAUGGGCAUUUAAUUCUGUUGAUUUAACAUUUUUUUAAAGCAGUCAACCCCAACCCAGGUAUGGGUUAUGGAGCUGGAAGGCAAACAAUUUAAAUUACUUUCUUACAAGACAUGGUGCUUGGUACCCUUACCCCUCAUGUCCCUUUACAAUUGAACACAAUCUUGUAUGAUUGAUUGCUGGUAUGGAAACUAACUUUGCAACGCACAAUGGGCAAAUCUGGGAAUAGGUUAACUCUUUCUCUUCUCAUCUUGAGUUUCUUUUUAAGGCUAUAUUUCAGAACUCUUAAGGUCAAAUUAUUGCACCUUAAAGGUAUGUUAUUACGGUUUAAACUUUAAGUCAUUGCAUAGGGUCCACCGUGUAGUGUGUAUGAAUAAUCAUUUAGUAUUCCUGUGCCUUAUGCAAACCUCACCGGCCACGCUGCAUGCCGCGAGCGUUGCAAAAUAAAUGUACAAAUACAUGUUGUUCACACCGCUCGCGUGAAUGAGUGUCUGCGUAGCCCAGCUCUAAAAUAGAACUUGCUUCUAUUGAGAAGCGCCAGAUGCUGCAAGUCCCCUCCUUAUUGGAUAUCAGGAAGAUAAAAAGGGAAACCUACUUAGUUUCUAGUUCUGUGGAUUAAUGGUCGGGGUAGAGAAAUGCACAACUGCGUGUGUUGUGAUUGCAUCAAAUGUGGAUGGACAAAAUCAGCAGAUGCACGCGUGUGGCCGGUGUAGUCCGCAUGUUAGGCAAAUGGAAAUAGUUUUUCAAUAGAUGGGCCAAUAUUGCAGUCAAGUGAACUUCAUUGGGAUCUCCAGAUAUGAUAGGGACCUUUAUUUUUUUCCCCUUAUAUCAAAUCACUAUUAAACUUUUGACCUCCAAUAGUUCUCAAACUACUAUUUAUGAAGACCUUUUUUUUUAAAGCUGACUUUGUGGCUUUAUUACAAAGACUAAGCAAUCUAUGUAUUCUUGACUUUGUGUUAUAUCCUGUGUAGACAAGUUCAUGGAUCAUACAUUUCCCUGAAAUGUAAACACAUAAUAAAUAUUUAUUAAUGGGAA